CGAAUCGCCUGUCAGUCACGUUUUUCAGCUGUCAGAUUCAGGAGCCUCUCGGCUCUGAACGGGGCAAAAACAAGCUAAAAACGGGCUCGUUUAAACACAAAGACGCGUGGAUGUUGUCUAUUCACGAGCGGGGAUGUCUUCUAACUAACACAGGGUGCUGAUAUCCCCCAACCAUCUCUCGACCCCCUCCGAUCGUCACCAUGGAGGCCGCCAACAACUACGUCCUGAUCCAUGGGAAGAACAUAUCCCGUAACGCCCUGCCGGGCUCUGCCGCGGUGCCUCACAUGUCUAUCGACAAGCUCUUCCCGGCUCUGCUCGAGUGCUUCGGCAUCAUAUUGUGCGGCUACAUCGCCGGCAGGGCGGACAUGAUCACGGAGAGCCAGGCGAAGGGUUUGGGGAACUUUGUGUCUAAGUUCGCUCUCCCGGCUCUGCUCUUUAAAAACAUGGUGCUGCUGGACUUUGGAGACGUCAUCUGGGCGUUUCUGUGGAGCGUCCUGGUCGCUAAGGUGACAGUGUUUGUGCUGGUGUGUGUGCUCACUCUGAUGGUGGCCAGUCCGGACAACAGAUACAGCAAGGCCGGCCUGUACGCCAUCUUCGCCACUCAGAGCAACGACUUCGCUUUAGGAUAUCCGAUAGUCGAUGCUUUGUAUCGCAGCACGUAUCCUGAGUACCUCCAGUACAUCUACCUGGUCGCUCCGGUCUCCCUCAUGCUCCUCAAUCCGAUCGGCUUCGCACUUUGCGAGGUGCAGAAGUGGAGGCAGGCCAGCCAUUCUCAGCACAGCACUCUGAGCAUCGUGGGAGUUGUAGUCCUGCAGGUGUUGAAGAACCCCGUCGUCUUCAUGGUGAUCGUAGGAAUCGUCGCUCACUUCGCUCUGGACCGGCAGAUCCCCGCCGUGCUGUCAGAGUUCAUAGACGGCCUGGCGAACUCUUUCGGAGGGGCAGCCUUGUUUUACCUCGGCCUCACGAUGGUCGGACAGCUUAGAAAACUAACCAGAGACACCGGAGUCGCCUUGAUUCUCCUCAUCACAGCCAAACUCCUGGUGAUGCCGCUCGUCUGUAAAGACAUGGUGGACAUUCUGGAUGUCGGAGUGAACAGCACAAGCGCAAACCACACAAGUUUGUCCAACUUUGCUUUCCUGUACGGAGUCUUCCCGACCGCGCCCAGCGUGGCCAUCUACGCCGGACACUACAACAUGGAGCUAGAGGUGGUGACGUCAGGGAUGGUGAUCAGCACGUUUCUGUCCGCCCCCAUCAUGUACGUGUCAGCCUGGUUGUUAACGAUCCCUCUGAUGGACCCGACGCCUCUGGUGACGGAGCUGGAGAACGUGAGCUUCAACAUCAGCAUCGUCAGCCUGGUCGCUCUGGUGUGGACCAUCGUGGUGAUGCUGCUCAGCAGGAAGUUUAACAGACUCCCUCACCUCUUCGCCUUGAACCUCUUCCUGGCUCAGUUUCUGGUGUGUGUCAGCAUGAUCUUGUGGAACUUCCUGGUGAAGAAAGACGACAACCUCCUCGGUAAAAUCCUCACGUUCACCAUGCUGUACGGGUCGCUGUACAGCACCUACAUCUGGACGGGUCUAAUCCCGCUCUGCCUGGCUCUGACUAACAGAGACGAUCUGCUGCGACUUCGACCAGGAGUGUUCAUGAUUCUGGGCUGGGGGGUUCCCUUCCUGAUGGUUGGAGGUCUUCUGAUAUCUGGAGAGAGGACAGACACCAUCGACUCCGCCUUCUUCUACGGCAGAGCUCAGAUCAUCAGCACGGCGGUGGUGCUCGCGGUCAGCCUUGGCCUCGGUGCGAUCUCUCUGAUGGGUCUCAGUCAGGGAGACAGGGAGCAGAGAGGCUACCAGGCCCUGAGCAGAGCUGCCGUAACGGGCAUCAGCGAUGAGCUAAGGGCCCCCGGAGGCCUGGAAGAGCAACAACAACAACAACAGACGGUGAAUUCACCUGCCUGCAGCAUCAACUCAGACCCCCUCCACGCUCUCUCUCCUCUGCAGAGUUUACCUGACAUGAUAGCCAGCACAGGCCACAGUGGGGCGCUGUGUGACGGCCAGCUGCUGGGUUCAUCCUCCUCCUCCGAGCAGCCGCUGAACCUGCCUCCACCCGGGCCUCCGACCACCACCACCACCGCCGACGACAAACAGACUGUCAGACACGUCCUGCUCUGUCUGCUGCUCUCCGUUAGCCUGCUCGCUAACCUGUCCAGCUGUCUGUGGUGGCUGUUCAACAAAGAUCCAGGAAGACUUUACCUCGAGCUGCAGUUCUUCUGCGCUGUGGCGAACUACGGACAGGGUUUUCUCUCUUUCGGGAUCUUCGGUCUGGACAGACAUCUCAUCAUCGUUCCUUUCAAAAAGAGGUUGCUCAGCCUGUGGCAGGGCAGAGACGGCGACGGUCCGAGUCCGUCAGGUGUACCGGAGGACGUCAGACUCACCUGUACUCAGUUUGUCCGCUACCACAAGGACCAGUGUGUACAAGACAUAGUGCACACACGCAGGUUUGAAGGAGGAGAAGGAGGAGACUCCACCUCCCAUCAGCCCCGGCACCUACACCCACAUCAGGAUCCUCAGGAGCAGCUAAACCGCGAGUCGGAGAACCCACACCGCAAUCACCGAAAUCCAACCAAUCCCCAUGACCUACACCAGCAUGAUCACGCUCUGCAUCCCCGUUUCGAAGGCGUGUUUCUGGGCAGCGACUUGGUGGACUGGCUGGUCGAGCGGGGCCUGUGCAGCGGGCGAGCCGAAGCCCGUCUGUACGCCGCUCGUCUUCAGGCGGGAGGAGUGUUAGAUCACCUGACGGGACGGCGAAGCUUCAGAGAGGAACCCACGCUGCUGUACCGCUUCACCACGGAGGGGAGGGACGGUCCCAGAACAUGUGAAGUGAGGUGAGGGGUACACAACGGCAACCACCAUGACUGAAAGUGCCUUAUGGUGCAGUUAGCCACAAACAUCUCAAGUCAGCUAAUGUAGCAAAAUACUAGCUUGUUGGCUAGCUAGAGCAAAAGGCUAAUUAAGUAACCAGCUAAUCUCCAGCCGCCAUUAGCUAGCGUGUUACAUCUUAAAGCUAAUGUUAUCAAAAUGCUAGCCAACUAGCUUCAGCUAGCUAGUUAACUAGUGUUUUGCUACAGAGCCAAAACGCUAAUCUACGGCUAGUUAGCUACUCUACGGCUGUAAUUAACUAGUUAAAACAGUAGCUAACUAGCUUACUAAUAAAUUGCUGGCUAGCUAGAGCAAAAGGCUAAUUAACUAACCAGCUAAUCUCCAGCCGUCAUUAGCUAGCGGGUUACAUCUGAUAGCAAAGUGCUAGCUAGUUAGUUAGCUUGUGUUUUUUUUCUAAGGCACAACUAAUGUUAUCAAAAUGCUAGCCAACUAGCUUUAGCUACCUAGUUAACUAGUGUUUUGCUACAGAGCCAAAGGUUAAUUUACAGCUAGUUAGCUGAUCUACGGCUGUAAUUAACUAGUUAAAACAGUAGCUAGCUAACGAUUGAUAUAUAUUAGCUAGUUAGCUAGCGUUUAGAUGAGCUAACAUGUAGCAUGUAGCAUAUCCAGGAAAGCGGUUCGUUAAAUGACGUUCUGACCGCGACGCAAAGGGGCGGGGCUUAGGAAGUGUCAGGUUUCACGUGGUAUAUCUGAAGGUGAGUUUCUCAGGCCGUUCAUGGUGGUUGUCGCCCCGUGCUGAUACUUCUUCAUCUCCGGACCAGGUCGUCUUUACUGAAAUGUCGUAUCAUUUAGCCGAGGAGCUGCUCGCUGUUUCACGGAGGAAUCCGCCCGUCGUACCAGUAUUUGAUAUUUUGCACGCCGUGUCUUUUAAAACUCUCUCUGGUCUAACGUGGACUGCUCGCAUGACUCGGAGCAGCACUGAACUUUUUGCACUGACUGAAUUUAUUAUUAUUUUUAAUUAUGCAACUCACCGCUGUCACGUCACUGAACGCAACACUUCUUACGACCUGAAAUACUCAAAAACAUGCAGCUAAAUGAUAAAUUUUAGAUCUAAAACACUACAUUUUUAAUUUUAAUCUUGUUAAAUCAAUCAAAGUUAGGCUAAAAUCUCUGAACUGAACCACUACUGACUGCACCACACCUACCAGAUU